AGAACAGCAGACAACAUGACAUUGGCAGCCUAUAAAGAAAAAAUGAAAGAGCUCCCCCUGGUGUCCCUCUUCUGUUCCUGUUUCCUCUCAGACCCUUUAAAUAAACCAUCUUAUAAAUAUGAAGUAGACACUGUAGACUUGACCUGGUGUGUCAUAUCUGACAUGGAGGUCAUUGAACUCAACAAGCGCACCUCAGGACAAUCCUUUGAGGUUAUCCUUAAGCCACCGUCCUUCGAUGGAAUCCCUGAAUUCAAUGCCUCCCUGCCUCGACGGCGUGACCCUUCAUUGGAGGAGAUCCAGAAGAAGCUAGAAGCUGCUGAGGAGCGACGUAAGUACCAGGAAGCAGAACUCCUGAAGCAUUUGGCAGGAAAACGGGAACACGAACGAGAAGUCAUCCAGAAAGCCAUUGAGGAGAACAACAAUUUCAUCAAAACUGCCAAGGAGAGGCUGAUGCAGAAAAUGGAGUCCAACAAGGAGAACCGAGAGGCACAUUUAGCUGCUAUGUUGGAACGUCUUCAGGAGAAGGAUAAGCAUGCUGAGGAGGUCCGGAAGAACAAGGAAUUAAAGGAAGAGGCCUCAAGGUAAAGAGG